CUGUUUCUGAAAAGAAACUGGAUCCAUUCAGGGAGGCGAAGGGAAAAAAGGAGAUUUGUUGGGCGGCUCGGUUUACAGAUCAGCAACAACGGUGUUGUAUUAAAAAUAAAUAAAUAAAAGAUCGAGCUCGGCACUGCAACACGAUACAGGAUGUCGAGGCAGGCAAACAGAGGAACUGAGAGCAAGAAAAUGAACUCGGAGCUGUUCACACUCACCUAUGGAGCCCUGGUGACUCAGCUGUGCAAGGAUUAUGAAAACGAUGAAGAAGUGAACAAGCAGCUUGAUAAGAUGGGAUAUAAUAUUGGAGUGCGGCUGAUAGAAGACUUCUUGGCUCGAUCCAGUGUGGGAAGGUGUCACGAUUUCAGAGAGACUGCAGAUGUCAUUGCAAAGGUGGCGUUUAAGAUGUACCUAGGCAUCACCCCCAGUGUGACUAACUGGAGCCCGGCUGGAGACGAGUUCUCGCUCAUCCUGGAGAGCAACCCUCUGGUGGACUUUGUGGAGCUGCCGGACAACCACAGCAACCUCGUCUACUCCAACCUGCUGUGCGGGGUGCUGAGAGGGGCACUGGAAAUGGUCCAGAUGGCCGUGGAUGUGAGGUUUGCUCAGGACACCCUGAGAGGGGACAACGUGACAGAAAUCCGCAUGAAAUUCAUCAAGCGGAUCGAGGAGAACCUCCCUGUCGGGGAUGAUUAAUCCGGGGGAGUUGGCAUGAAGCCCCUGCUGUGCGCAGUCUGGACUGGGAGGCGGGAGAGGCGGGGGAUCAGGGACAGGGCGCUGCGUGGAGACCCGGCUAUCUGCUCGGCCCGUUCUGUGUCACUGUCCCAUUACAGGUGUGGCCCAUGGUCCCAUUCCCAGUCCCGCCCACCUCUCUCCAUGUUUUAUAGGUCUUUAAAGUCCCAAAACACAUGAGACUUGUGAAAAUGGUGCACUGGCCAAAAUCAGAAAGCAUUUUUUCCAACAAAGACUUCAUCCACAAGUCAAAAACAGACCUGAGGCCACUUAAUUUUGUAAGUGUUUAAUUUAUGAGUAAUUGCAUUAGUUCAGCCAUGGUAGAGCUACCUAUUCAUAACUGUAAUGUUAAAUGCAUGUCGCUGACGCCAUUAUUUAUCAGUAUUAAGACUGAAGCAAGGACAGGUUUCAUGCUGUUGAUCUCUCAUUUUCCAAAAUGUUUAGAGGUGUAGAUUAGAUUAAACUGUUGGUUGCAGACCAUCACUGCUUCUACACAGUUAUGUUGACCAAGUUAAAUGGCACCAUAUCCAUCGAUGCAAUCCAGUCAGGUCUGAAGACGGCAGGGGAAAACUAUACAGUAAUUAUUUUAUUUUAGAUCAUCACUGGUGUUGUUUUAGCACAACUGUGAAAGCCCCUGUAAUUAACAGAAACCUUGAGCGGAGCUGUUCAUGCCAGGCUGCAGAUCUGACACUGGUGCUGUAAUUACUGUUAUCAAUCUGUAAUCAACCCCAGGUCUGGCUGUGACAUGAACUGGCCGACCCACUUGCACUGGAGAACUGAAAUUCCACACGUACUGUUGAAGAAAUCUGAUAAUCCAAAAGGGUGAUUCUAUUUUCUUUUAAUUUUAUUUUCACUUAUCUCUGGACUGUUUGUGUUCACUAGUUGAAGCCCUAAUGAAGAAUGUUGAAGAGUUGUGCUGCUCUCGGCUGUCAGAGGCAGAGAGUGUACAGACUGCUUUCAAAGUUAAAUAGAAUAGAAUGUGUACAUAAAAGUUCAAUCAUGUAAGAAGGCAUUCCUAUGUUGUCUCGCAUUUAAUUUCAUCACAAGAUUUCUGUUGCUGUUUUUUUUCUGUGUAAAAGAAAUUUGUACAGACCUAACCUAGGCUAUUUAACAUAUUUCUCAUAGUCUUUUUAGGGAAGUUUAAUGUCUCCCAGGGGAAAGAAAUCUCUUGAGUUAUUUUAAAAUAAACCAAGAUUCUAUGCUUAUGUU